AUGGGUUUAAAUUCAAGCAGAGGCCUAGACACAACGUUGUUUCGGGUGGUGGGCUGCCCUGGCUGUGGCACGUUUUCUCGGGUCGGCCUAGCCUGGCGCUGCAGACACCACGCAGCAGUUGCACCUGAGGGGAGUAUCCACAAAAUCCGCAAUGUUGGUCUCAUUGCUCAUAUCGAUGCGGGGAAGACAACCACUACUGAGAGGAUGCUCUUCUUCGCUGGUCGAACGCGUGCGGUUGGCGAGGUUGACAGAGGCGACACGGUAACGGACUACCUGGCGGAGGAGAGGGAGCGUGGAAUCAGCAUAAUGAGCGCUGCGGCGUGCCUAACCUGGCGCCAGCACGACAUUCACCUCAUCGACACGCCGGGACACGUCGAUUUCACUUUCGAGGUGGAGCGCGGGCUCACCGCCGUCGACUCCGCUCUCGUCAUCAUCGAUGCCUGUAAGGGUGUGGAGACACAGACUCGCACUGUCUGGUCUCAAGCGAAUCGAUACCAGUUGCCGAGGCUGAUUUUUGUCAACAAGAUGGACCGUCCAAUGGCUAAUUUUGACAACUGUCUUCGUUCACUCCGUCAACGUUUUGGAGGCGCUUUCUUUCCCCUUCAAAUGCCGGUCUGCAUCGGGAAGGAUCAGUUCGUCGGAAUCGUCGAUUUGCCAUCUCUCACUCUCAAGGUAUGGCCUACAACACAAAAACAGACUAGCCGGUGUUUCUCCCAAACGGAUUUGCUUAAGGUUCUGGCUUCUAAAGAACCCCAAAAAUCAGGAGAGUCGGCAGUUUUUGGUGUUGCCGCAGUUGUGCCGUUGGCGCUGAAAGCCCGUGGACAGCUGCUUGCCUCCUUAGCGGAGUUGGAUGAUGCUUUUGCAAACGAGUACCUCCUUCUCGACACUCCUGAAAGCCUCCUUCCUGCAGAUGUUGUUCACGACUGCGUGAAACGAGUUACCACAUCCUCCCGUGGUUUUCCAGUCGUGCUGGGCAGUAGCCGUCGAAACAUUGGCAUACAACCCGUUCUGGAUGGGGUAGUUGAUUAUCUACCUGAUCCCUCCCAGCGUCCCCCACCUCCCCUCAUUGCUAGUGUUCUCAGCCGAAUUCAGCGUUCUACCCCUCAUGAAGAUCAGUCCUUACCAGUCCUCCUCACAUUCAAAAUACUCUUCGACCCCCAACGUGGUCCCCUCUCCCUGACUCGCGUCUUCUCCGGCUACGUUACACCGGGCAUGCUAAUUAGGAAUUGGACGCGUCAAGAUUUGGAGGAUGCCUCCUCAGUCGAAAAAAUCGGAGCCCUGCUACAACUUACAGGCGACAACUACGAGGUAGUUGACUGUGCGGGUCCUGGAAGCAUUGUGGCUUUGAGUGGUCUUCAGUCAACUAGAACUGGGGAUAUUCUUGGACCUGUGACGCCAGAUCUCCCUGAUUCUGAGGAGGAUGAAGGAACGGAUGGAGGAGUUGAUAGUGCCUUUGUUCCUCAGCCAGUCGUCCAUGCUGCUCUGGAACCGAGAAGCAGCUCCACCUUUCGAAAUCUUGAGCAUGCUUUGACUUGCAUGCAGCGGGAAGAUCCUAGUUUCAAAGCUACUUUUGACAAGGAAACGGGUCAGUGGGUGGUGGCGGGCAUGGGUGACUUGCACCUGGAGGUGGUGCUCUCGCGACUGCGUCGGGAGUACCGACUGGAGGUGAACAUGGGCCCUCUUCUUACCUCGCACAAGGAGAUGCCGCGGGCUGGUCAUGAGUGCCGUGGGACCGCCGUCUCGACAGGUCUGAUUGGUGGACGACAAAGGAGUAUAUUUGUGGAACUUGACGUGUUCUCCGAUGGACAUAUGAGUGCUUCGAAUAGAUCCCGGGUGAUUUUCGAGAAGGGCUGGAACCUAGAGGGUCAGAAGGGGGGCGGCGGCAGCGGAGAUGCUUAUCAGUCGACUGCGAGUCAACAUAAGGUGAUGACGUGUGUGCGACAGGGCUGCGAGGUGGCGCUAUCCACGGGCGGUCCUCUGCUGCGUUCGCGCGUCCUCGGUGUGGGUGUACGCAUCCGCCGCGUCGGUCAGCUGUCCUCCGCCACCUCCGCUGACACUACAGUCAUGGGGGCCGACUUGGCGCGGCUGCAGGUGCCACUAGCCUCGCAGAACUUUGCAUCCUUCGCUGCCCUCCUUCGCUCUACUGUGAUGAAAGCACAGUCAAAGGCAUUGGCUGGUCUGCCCGAGUGGAAAGUCAUGGAGCCUGUCAUGGCUGUGGAGAUCCAAAUACCUCUUGAUGGUGACUCGGGUUCACAGGAUGCCUCUCUGGCACCCUUUCUGGGUGAGUUAGCGCGGCGUCGGGGCGAGGUAGAGACUGUGGAGAUGGCGGAGUGUGACGGCCACAGAGGAGGUAAAUGCUGUCUGCGUGCCUUCGCACCCCUUGCUGAGUUGAGCGGCUUUUCCGCUGCAGUGCGCAGCCUCUCAUCCGGCCGUGCCGAGAUCGUCCUCCGCUUCGCCCACUUUCAACCCGUCUCCACUGAGCGACAGAUUGAGCUACUGCGUCACGUCCCUUCUCGUCCUCUGGCCCCCACCCACUCCUCUGCCUAA